AUGAUUGCGGACCGAACAAACCUAACAGGAACUGAACUUAGAAACAAACAAUCAUGUCGUCAUACUCAAAUUCAUGGACUACAAACCCCAGAAGAGAAGAGAAACGAAGAGUGGGACCGGAAGGACAAAACUAACCAUGGUCCACGUCAGUUGAGUGGUCUUUUCGACGUUAUCAAAAUUAUUUUCUCAAGAUGCUUCGUAAUGUUGCGAGCGUUGGGAAGAACAGCAUAUCUCACAAGACUUACUCCUCAAUUACGACACCCACCUUUCAUAGCAAGUUUAGCAAAGUUCGAUCAGAAUAGAUGGAAUAGUAAUGCAAAUCCACAACGAAAAGGAUUCCUUGGAAAUCUAAUUGAGAAUGUCAAGGAAGAACUGCAAAAGAACAAAGAGCUGCAGGAACACCAAAAGCAACUGCGAAAGCGAAUGGAAGAACUGAAUGAUAGUGAAGCUUUAAAAGAUGCUAGGAAGAAAUUCGAACUCGUGGAGAAGGAGACACUCAAGAGUUCAGAGAUUGUUAAAGUGAAACUAGAAGAAUUAAGUGAGCAACUAACCAAGAUGAUAAAAGAAGUACAAAAAACGGAAGCCGGAAAGAAAAUGACGGCCGCAGGACAGGAAGCUUUGAAGCAGGCGCGACUUGCUGCUGAACAUGUAGAGAAAAUUGCUGAAAAGGUUGGAGAUACAGAGGUUUACAAGCAAGUUUCCACAUCUAUGAAAACUGUCAAAGACGAAAUCGAUUCGAUCACCGAUGUCCGGAUGUACAGUCGACCUGAAGUUUUGAAGAAAAGAACAGAGGGGUUCACCGACGCAUUUAAGAAUCGUACAGUUGAGGCAAAUGAAGAGGCGACAGGAGUAACUUUGCAUAAGGAAUCGCGAUGGUAUGCUGGAUGGAAGAAGUUUUCAGAGGAGAAUGCAUAUUUUAACAAACUUCUGGAUUGGAAAAUUAGAUAUGAUGAAAGUGAUAACGUUGCCGUUCGAUUAAUGCGUGGAUUAACUGAACGAAUAAGUGGUUUAUUUGGAAGUCAGAACGAAGUAUCAGAAGUGCUUACUGAAAUUGCAAAGAUCGAUCCUUCAUUUGAUAAAGCAGAAUGGCUUCGAUUUUGCGAAAAGGAAGUUAUACCGAACGUGCUUGAAGCGUUCAUUCGCGGAGAUUUAGAAGUGCUGCAGGAUUGGUGCCAUGAAAGAGCUUUUGUCGCACUAUCUACUGUGAUUAAGGAAUACCAAAAAAUCAAAUUUAGUACACAAGAUUCUCGUAUAAUUGAUAUUAGCAAAGUAGAGAUGGUCUCCGGUAAGAUGAUGGAGCAGGGACCUGUCUUGAUAAUCACUUUCCAAGCAUUCAUGAUAAAUGUGGUGAAGAACGCUGAAGGCAAAGUUGUGGAAGGAAAUCCGAAUACACCGGUCCGCGUACAUCAUGUGUGGGUAAUGUGCAGAGACAUGGAAGAAUACAAUCCUGCAGUAGCUUGGAAGCUUCUAGAAGUGCACAUGCAAGAAGGCCAGCUAGCCAUGUAA